AGGGCGCGCUGAGUCACUAUGGGAUACCGGUUGGGGUCUCUUUCGGUUAAAAAAUUUAACAUGGAAAGCAUUAUAACGCGUCCCUAAAAACGGGAUGUAUGGGGAAGCUAAUCGGAGAGGUUCCCUCAUGUUUUGGUGAUGAAGGUUGUCGAGGCUACGUGAUGGUUCAGUACUGGAAAUCGCCAAUUGUCGAGUGCUUUUAAGCCCGGAGCACUUUAUUGUGCCCAUUGGUUCACCAUGUUUUGACCACCUGCGCUGACCAGCUUACCAUGAGUUCAGGAUGACUGCACAGUGCACACCUUUAUCGAAAGUUGGCCAUGUCGGGCAUGUUAUUUCUAAAACCGACUUUUAUUUUGACGAUUCCAAGUUCGGCUGACCUUAACGUUUUGCCCAAAGAAAACGAUUUGAGUUCAGAGCUGGAGAUUAAAUCAGUCAAUCAAACCAACGAAUGGAUGUCGAUGAUGGAGAUCUUUGUGAUCUUGGUGGCGCACUGUUUUUUUGUUUCCUUGGGUUUUUUUUGCUUGGUUUUUCUGGCGUCGUCUGGUAUGUGGGACCAGGAACAGCGGGAACCUGGUCACACUGGGGCUUGUUGGUUGUCGGUUUUGUGGCUUUGCUGGUCGGUUUAUGUUGGCUGGGAUGUUACUGCGUUAAAAGCGAGGAAGCAGCGGCGCGGCGAAGGCAAAGGGAGCAUAUCCGGCGUACUCCUUUAUAUCUUCUCCAGAAGGAUCGGACGGAUCUGCUGGACGACUGGAAGAACAGAUAUAAAAAAUUUGAUUAGUUUUAUGUUGGCCAUUAUAAUUUUCGCUUUACCCGUCGAAGGAACGGAAACCAGGGUGAAUGCUCCGGGAUACGAAAAUAUGAUUUCUCAAGUUAUUCCCGGAGAUUAUGGGCAGUGGAGUGGCUGGUCAGAAUGCUCUGCCGAUGAGUGUGAAGAAGGAUACCAGUACGCGUCGCGGGAUUGUAAUCAUCCGACACCGUGGAACAGCGGGCGAUGUUGCAGUGGAAAGCCUUUUGAACUUCAAGUUUGUAAUACCUGCAAAAACCAAGAAGUCGAAGUGCGAUUGUUCUAUUGGACUCCUUGGAGCUCAUGUUUGCAUACUUGCGGCGCCGGAACAAGAAUACGUUAUAAGUAUUCUGUGUGUCCUCCUGGAAAGGAUUCUGAUGCCUGCCACGAUCACGACUUCAAAAUCGAACGAUGUCAAACACGUCCUUGUUCAAAUAAAGUACUGGCCUGGGAUCACUGGUCAAGCUGGUCUACAUGUCCUUCUUUAUGUGGAGGUGGUUCAACUAUGCGGUUUCGAAAAUGCUUAUCGCACGGUAUCGAUCAACAUAUGGUAUGCCCCGGAACCCCGUAUGAUAUUCAACAGUGCAACACUCAUCCUUGUGACCAUUACCGUCAAGAUUAUGCAUCAUGGAGUAGCUGGUCAUUGCCCACUCCUUGCUCCGGCCAGUGUUCUGAAGAUGGUUAUUUCGCUAACACGUUCCGUAUAUUCAGUUGUGGUUCAGCGGAUGUUGAAGAUUGCCCGAGAAUCGCAGUACGGCAGGUCGAAUGCGAUUACCGAAGCUGUUAUGAAGAUGUCAACAAUUUCAUUUAUCCUCUGUGGAGUGAAUGCCAGUCGUCGUGUUCGAGGCCGUGUGGGACAGGAUAUGGGUAUCGCAAUCGGACGUUUGCAGGUGACCUUCCAGUCAAUGGAGAAUUCUGUACCAAACCGGUUUUUGAAGCAACCCAGUGUAAUCGUAAAAAAUGCGGGACUAACAAUCACUACCAUGAUCCAACGAAUGGUCCGUCCGAAAUUGGCUCCAGUGGGCGCGGUUCUGUGGAAGAUGAUCGUGUGAUGUUCGGCAGCCAAUUCUAUUCCGGCAUUCCGAAACCGCAACCUAACAGCUUUUUCCCGAAAAUGAUGCCCGACUCCGGCCUGCCGGAUUCAUUGGGGGAUUACGGUCAGAAAGCACCCUUUUCAUCUAGCAGCAACGACAAUAGCCUUCACCGUUUUGAUAUGGAAGGCGGCUACGAAGCGGAUGGGCGUGAUAUGUUCUUGUGCACUUCGGAUCGGUCAUCCCACGGAUCAUCUAACCAGAGCGCCGCUAUGCGCUACGCACGGGACUACGAUUACGACUUUGACAUCAAGAACGGGAAUUUUGAUUAUCUGAAGUGGAUGCCGCCGUACUCGCCCAUGGCGGCGGUUUACGCUGAGAUUGCCGAAUUGCCGGAACAUCGCCACUCGCCGCCCAGUGUGUAUAAUUCAGCGCGCACCAAUUCCGCGCAGAAUAAAUCCUCAUCGUCUCCUUCGGUUAUGUUCUCAAAAAGCUCCAGUCAGACCACAUUGCCCUGCAUGAUGCCGCAUUACUCCCACGGAGUCAAUCAUCCCGACCGGGAACAGGAGCACCGGCAUCCGCCAUAUCCAGUACAGUUCGUUGGACGACGAUAAAAAUUAAUGGGACACAGCUUCGUUUUGUUGUUUUCUGGUUUACUCACCUGCGUUUGUGAUGUCGCUCUAUCUUCGACCAAAGUUUGGUAUGACAACACUGUUUUGUUGUUGAAUACACCCUUGACUCACUUUGUAUACGUAUACAAGAAUUAUCUGCCUUCUAAGAAGAUUAACAAAUGCCGCAUUUAGAAGACUCUAACUUGUACUAGUAAAAGUAACGAAUCUUCUUGAAAAA